CUGUUUCUUUUACCUGCUGCACGGAAACGACUUUUAUUCUGAAAAGAGCGGACAGGAAGUGGCAGUGUUGUGACCGGGGCGCGAGCUGGACAGUGAUGCGCAGCGCGUGAAGCAGAAAAACAUCUGAUCAAACAUCGAAGAUCCAUGGAACCUGAAGGGAGGAGCAUUGUGACCAUGAAUCCCUGUGUCCUCCUCUCAUUGGUCCUCCUCCUGAGUCCAGUCUCCUCUCAGACUGCCGACCCGACCCUACAGGACCUAGCCAAUAGGAACUCAGACUUCGCUGCCCGGGUGUACCAAGCUGUCGCCAGACGGUCCGAUGAUAAUGUUUUCCUGUCCCCCUUCACGCUGACCGCUGGACUGAUGGCGCUGCUGAGUGCCACCAAUGGGCCGACCCAGGAUCAGCUGCUUCAAGGACUCACUCUGUCAGGACUGGACCCACAGACUCUCCCAGAUCUGUUUCAGACCCUGUGGGCCGCCAUCCUGCCGGGUGGCGUAAUCCUGAACCUACAACAGGGAGUGGCCGUCUUUCCCGCCCAGAGCUUCCAGGUGUCCCCGUCCUACCUGGACCUGGUUCAGACGAAGUUCAGAGGAAAUGCUCAGACUGUGGACUACUCGACACCGCAGGAAGCUGUCGACUCCAUCAACCGCUGGGCCCAGGAACAGUCCGGAGACCAGGUCCAGGAGCUGGUGACCAACCUGGACCCCCAGACCCAGCUGCUGCUCGCCACGGUGGCCUCCUAUCAGACCCGGUUCAAUCCAGCCUUUAACUUGUCCCUGUCUCAAGAGGAGCGUUUCUACGUGGACAGGUAUCACAUCGUCAUGGUUACCAUGAUGUUCAGGACUGACAAGUACUUCCUGGCAUACGACCGCUCGGUGAAGGCUGGUGUGUUACAAUUGCCGAUGACCGAUGGGACGGCCAUGUUAGUCGUGUUGCCUGAUGAAGAUGUGGACGUCACCGCGGUUGAAGAAGAAGUGACGGCGGAAAAGAUCCAAGCCUGGAUCAAACAGCUCAAGAAGACGAAGUUGGAGGUGCAGGUUCCUCGCUUCCUGAUGGAACGUUCCUACUCGCUGAAGGACGUCCUGCAGACUCUUAACAUCACGCAGGUGUUUCAGGACGAUGCAGACAUCACAAACAUGGGCGAGGCUAAAGGACCCAGACUAACACAGGUUUUUCAUAAAUCUGUUGUCUCUGUUGACGAGCGCAGCGAUGACAUCACUGGAGGGGGUGGAGUCAAUGUGUUCUCUACUCCUCCCCCUCGACUGACCAUCAACCGACCCUUCAUCUUCAUCAUCUACCAGCAGAACACUGGCAGCCUGAUGUUCAUUGGUCGAGUGGUCGAUCCCACCAGGAAGUAGUGGUUGCUAAGCCGCGCCCACCCGAGUCACACACAUCAAACUUUACGUUUUUAACAGUGAAACGAUGACUCGACAGGUUUACUAAGUUCUAAUGUUCAUCUAGUGUCAGUAGAUUCUGUAGUUAGCAGCUUUUUGUGUUUAUCAACCUGAGGGUCCGGACCCAUCGAGGGGUCGCAAGAUAAAUCUGAAUGGCCCUGAGCGAUUAACAGGAAAACUGAAAAUGGCCGCUGUUGUUUUCAUCAUGUUUCAACAGGUGUAUUUACACUCAGACUUGUCUUUAACACCAUCAUCAUCGAUUUUCCCUUCAGCUUGAGCAACCCCGUAUUUACUCCUUAAUAACUCAUGUUAGUGUGCUAACAUGCUAAUGAUGGUGAUCAUUACACCUGCUAAACAUCAGCUGUUAGCAUUUAGCUCAGAACAUGGUGGUAAAUUAAAGGAUAAAAAAAUCCCUGUGGUUUUUGACCAGUGAUGAAGGGUCAGGGGUCAAAGCUGCUUCACUUUAAAAGAUGAAAAGCCACAGAGGUUUGUAAACACUGUUGUUCCUGAACGCUGCGCUGGGUUUCAUACAGACUCACAAACAUGGAUUUACUUUAACAACUUAUUUUAUUUAUUAUUUUCACUGAGACUUUGUUUGGAAACAUCUCAAAGAAUCCAGUGAGUGAAACACUGCCCUCUAGAGGGAGGAGAAGAUCAACCUGUUUCAAUCUGCAGCUAAUUAGCAUGUUAGCAUGAUCAUGAGCAUGUUAUCACACAUGAACACAACUAUUUAGAGUUCAUGACUUAAACGUACUGUUGUUGUUAAUUAUUCGUACUGUGAUGCAGUAAAUCACUAUAAAACAUUAAAAUACGUCACUUUA